AUGGCCGCCCCGACCUCGGCCGGGGCCGCAUUGGCGUCUCAGAUUAAUUUAUCGGCGCUCUUCAGCCGUCUCUUGUCGGCGGCUCCUCCGAAGUUAGUCAUAGAACGCAGAACCAUAGAGAAGACAUGGAAGCUCAUGGACAAGGUAGUCAAACUGUGCCAACAGCAACGCAUGAGUCUGAAGAAUUCGCCACCUUUCAUCCUCGACAUCCUGCCAGACACGUACCAGCACUUGCGUGUCAUCUACUCGAAACACGAGAACGAGAUGGUGUUGCUAAACGACAACGAGUAUUUUCGGGAGUUCAUCUCGAACUUGAAUCGCAAAUGCAAACAAACCAUCAAAUUAUUCAAAGAGGGCAAGGAAAAAAUGUUCGACGAGCAAUCGCAAUACCGACGGAACCUCACGAAGCUCAGUCUCGUAUUCAGCCAUAUGCUUGCCGAGUUGAAGGCUAUCUAUCCUCAGGGCAUUUUCGGCGGCGACAACUACCGCAUCACGAAAAGCGACGCUGCCGAGUUCUGGAGUUCUCAUUUCGGGGAUAAGACCAUCGUUCCGUGGCGGCUGUUUCGACACACGCUCCACCAGGUGCACCCCAUCGGUUCGGGUUUGGAAGCGAUGGCUCUCAAGUCGACCAUCGACCUGACCUGCAACGAUUACAUAUCCAACUUUGAGUUCGACGUAUUCACGCGUCUAUUCCAACCCUGGUCGAGCCUACUUCGGAACUGGCAAAUUCUCGCUGUCACCCAUCCGGGCUACGUCGCCUUCCUCACUUACGACGAAGUCAAGGCUCGCCUGCAGAAAUAUAUCACCAAACCGGGCAGUUACGUAUUCCGGUUGAGCUGUACACGCUUAGGCCAGUGGGCCAUUGGUUAUGUGACGGCCGAAGGUACAAUUCUACAGACAAUUCCUCAGAACAAAUCACUCUGCCAAGCUCUUCUCGAUGGCUACAGGGAAGGCUUUUAUCUGUUUCCCGACGGACGAACCACGAACCCGGACCUUUCGUGGGCCGUCCAGGCGACACCCGAGGACCACAUCAAGGUCACCCAGGAACAGUACGAACUCUACUGUGAAAUGGGAUCCACCUUUCAGUUGUGUAAAAUCUGCGCGGAGAACGACAAAGAUAUUCGUAUUGAACCCUGCGGACACCUUCUGUGCACGGCCUGUCUCACGUCAUGGCAGGAUUCGGAAGGUGUGGGAUGCCCGUUCUGCCGAGCAGAAAUCAAGGGCACCGAACAAGUGGUGGUGGACCCCUUCGAAGGGAAGACCUUGCGGAGGUCAGAGGUGCGAGAAACUCAGCAUAAUAACUCGUUGGUUGACCUUGAAGACGACGAACCUUUUGAGGAUCCAACAACCUGGAUGUCAUCCCUUCACGCUCUGGCUGUGAAUCACACCGCUAAGCAACAGGACCCAAGUAAUCGAGCAAAUAGCCGUUCGCCGUUCGUAUCCCCCCACCAGAGUCCGACACUGGGUCGGAAAGCCUGCUUGACAUCGUCCACAAUCCCUUCUGUCGCUCCUCCCGUUCCCCCGCGGAGAACAUCCCCUAUAGCGACACCUAUACAAUCCCCGGAAGCUUCUCCGAGGCGUCACAGUCUCACCAAAGGCGAACAAUCGGAUUUGUUAGUUUUCGAUUCGCCCCCGGUGCCGGCGACACCCAUCGUAAAUGCACCCAGUCCCCCAACUCAAGCCCAACCACCGAACAAGGACGAUAACAGCACCUCCGUACAAUACUCCGAGCUUCAAAAGGUCAGCUCAUCUUCAACAAGUUCCUCAAACUGCGCAUCCCCAUCUUCCCAUCAACAACAACACCAUCAUCAUCAUCAUCAUCAAAUUCACGAGAACGACCAGCUACAACAACAGCAGCAGCAGCAGCAAGUGAUGUAUGCAGAGCUUGAACCGUUCGAGGCAUCGGAACCAAACUAUGCCAACACUCCUCUACCGGCCCAGAGGAACAACGUGCCUCGGAUCCCCGCCAAAUCGGCAUCGGAGGCGGUAGGACUCAGUCCAGUAUUGCCUCACGCACCGAAACUCGAGCGACGCAAUUCUUCAAACAACGGAACUUCGACGGGUUUGAGCGGCGGAAACAACGGAGUUGUUCCGUCGCAGCAAACUGCGGCCACCGGAACGAGCAGAACUGCGCUCGCUGUCAAACCCCUAGGUACGAGUUCGAUACAGAACAAUAAGGAAAACAAUGAUAAUAGGCUAGUCGACUAUGAAAAUCUUCGCAUGGACUACAUCGCCCAGCUGACAGGAGAGGGAUACAGUCAAGACGCUGUGAUUAGGGCUCUAGGAGUGGCUCGGAACGACCUUCCUAUGGCAAGAGAUAUUCUUUACGAAUUCGCUGCGAAACGCUCUCAGCAGACCAUGCAAGCCCAACAAGCUCGCGAUACAGCGAAGUAGGGAGGGGCCGGUCGGAAA